AUGGCUACGCCACCAGUCGUCAACUUCAUCACUGGCAACGCCAAUAAGUUGCGUGAGGUCAAGGCUAUCCUCGAGCCAGCGAUCACCGUCGAGAGCCAGCCAGUGGAUCUGGAGGAAGUUCAAGGAAAUGUCGAGGAGGUCACUAUGGCCAAGUGUCGCAAGGCUGCAGACACGAUCCGUGGUCCCGUCCUCGUUGAGGACACCUGCCUGUGUUUCAAGGCUCUUAAUGACCUCCCUGGCCCUUAUAUCAAGUGGUUCAUGCAGUCCAUCGGACACCAGGGUCUGAACAAUCUCUUGGCCGCUUAUGAGGACAAGUCUGCCGACGCUGUCUGCACCUUUGCCUACUCGCCCGGUCCUGGUCAUGAGCCCGUCCUCUUUCAAGGUCGUACAAGGGGCAAGAUCGUGCCGCCCAGGGGCCCGUCUGACUUCGGCUGGGACGCCAUUUUCGAGUACGACGGCCAGACCUAUGCUGAGAUGGACAAGGCCGCGAAGAACAAGAUCUCCCAUCGAGGCCUCGCCCUCAAAAAGCUCCAGGACUGGUUUGGCAAGCAGGCAAACUAG